CCUCAGUGCAGGGCAACAGCAGACACCCUGACGUGUGAACAUGGCUUCUCUCAUCAAUCGUUGUCCCUUUGCCACCCGGGACCCUACAGUGUUCCUGAGGGUAGCUCGUCCUUUUCUCUUGCGCAGUGCAGAACGCUGCCCAGUCAUGGUGACCUGUACCCUGUCCACUUCUCCAGGAUGUGAGCAGAGGACUAAAGACACUACACCAGUCACUGGAGUGUCAACUGGAGCUUCCAACAGGCGCACCCUUGCUCAGGCAGCCCCUCAAGCUGCCAUUUCAAAUGCCACGUGCCCAUUUAUCGAGAAUGAGAUUGGGAAGAGUGAGGGCAUCAUUGUGCAGAGGGCAGGACCACAAGUCCAGGAGGAUAUCAGCGCUUUUAAAACAGAUGCCCUCAGCUCUCUGCUGAUUGAAGUCCAGUCUAGCCUGAAGAAGAAAUUUCUGGCUCCUCCUAAAAAAGUGAACCUAGGAACUGGUGCUCCACUCAUACCAACCCAUUUGAUUAAGGAGAACAUGACAGGUCGAGCUGCCUUUGGCUAUGAUGAUUUCUUCAGCCGGAGAAUUGAAGAGAAGAAAUCAGACCACACAUAUCGGCUGUUCAAAACUGUGAACCGCAGGGCUGAUGCCUAUCCAUUUGCUGAGGAUUACUCUGAUCUCCAUGGUGAAAAGAAGGAAGUGUCCGUUUGGUGCAGCAAUGACUACCUGGGCAUGAGUCGGCACCCGAAGGUGCUUAAAGCAAUCGCGGAGGCUCUGGAAGAACAUGGAGCUGGAGCAGGUGGGACCAGGAACAUUUCAGGCACCAGCAAGUAUCAUGUAGACUUGGAGUGUGAACUAGCUGAUCUUCACAACAAGGAUGCGGCCUUGCUUUUCUCUUCCUGCUUUGUAGCCAAUGACUCUACUCUCUUCACACUGGCCAAGAUGCUGCCAGGUUGCGAGAUCUACUCAGACGCUGGGAACCAUGCCUCUAUGAUUCAGGGCAUUCGGAACAGCGGCGUUACCAAAUUUGUCUUCCGCCACAAUGACCCUGCACAUCUUGAGGAACUGCUUCAAAAGGCAAACCCCAAAACUCCCAAGAUUGUGGCCUUUGAGACAGUGCACUCUAUGGAUGGUGCAAUCUGCCCCCUGGAGGAGGUGUGUGACAUAGCACACAAAUAUGGUGCCCUGACCUUUGUGGAUGAGGUACAUGCUGUGGGAUUGUAUGGCACACAUGGUGCAGGCGUGGGAGAGAGAGAUAGCGUGAUGCACAAGAUGGACAUCAUCUCAGGAACUCUGGGAAAGGCUUUCGGCUGUGUGGGUGGAUAUGUCGCCAGCACUGCCUCUCUUAUAGACACUGUGCGGUCCUAUGCAGCUGGCUUCAUCUUCACCACUUCCCUCCCUCCCAUGGUGCUGGCAGGAGCAGUGGAGUCUGUGCGUGUUCUAAAGAGUGAGGAAGGGCAGGCCCUGCGUCGUGCUCAUCAGCGCAAUGUGAAACACAUGCGCCAACUGCUCAUGGAUGCAGGGCUGCCAGUCAUAAAUUGCCCCAGCCACAUCAUCCCCAUACGGGUUGGAAACGCUGCUAUUAACACCAGGAUCUGUGAUGUCCUCCUUUCCCAAUACAACAUCUAUGUUCAAGCUAUUAAUUACCCAACUGUCCCCCGUGGAGAAGAACUGCUGAGACUGGCUCCCUCACCCCACCACACACCCGACAUGAUGAACUACUUUGUGGAGAGCCUUGUCAGCGCAUGGAAAGAGGUGGGGAUGCCCUUGCACACACCCUCUGCUGCCGAGUGCAACUUCUGCCAUCGUCCAUUGCACUUUGACCUGAUGAGCGAGUGGGAACGCACCUACUUUGGGAACAUGGAGCCAAAAUACAUUACUAUGUAUGCCUAGAACUACAUAGAACCCCAGGUCUGGAACCCAUUAGCUAAACCCCCAACAUCACAUCUUUCUUGCUUUGCUAACCUAGGUUGUAACACCUCAAAAGUGCGCAUCAUGGCAUCUUUUCAUAGCCAAAACCCCUCUAAAAAGUCUCAGCUUGCUUUCCUUAUGCAUUGUUCUGGGAUAGGUAUUCUGUGGCAGCUCCAGUUGCUAAACUAAAACUGACACCAUCCAUAUGGGAUGAGCAGUCCAGGACCCUUGCAUAAAUAAUGUAAGUACCCAACCAUUCCAAUGGCAAAGCUUACAAAUGAUGGAGGUAUGGCACUCCCAAGUAAUAAAAGAUCAUUUUAUAAUAAAAAUAUCAGACCAGUCAUCACAAACACAGCUAAUUAGUCAAAGGCUGUCCAAAGCAUGGCCAUCUAAAAGACUCUCACCUCUGCCUGCCCAACAAUCAGCCCUAAUUCUCACAAAGCACUGGCCAGGAGAUGGGCACUAGUUGAAUGUACCAUGUAGGUGCCCUGGGUAAAUAAUGCUAGUUUUUAUUUUACACUUUUUUUCACUUGCUGUCUUUAAAAUGAACUUUUGCUUAUUACACUUACAUAUGCAGCCAUGCUUAAGUUGCUACCCUCAAGCAACAGUGUGCCAGACAUUAACCAGAGCACUGCACUCUGGAAGUCCCUGGUUUAGACAUAGGAAGGGUCCUAUGCGCAACACAGCACUGAUGUGGGUUGAUCAUGGGUUUCCUCUGCAAUAAACUUGAUCUUAACUAAACAAAACUGACAAUAAAUAUUUGGUCCAUA